GAGAAAAUGGCCUUUGCCAAUUUUCUUCUUACCAUUCUCUUAGUGUUACCUUCAUUCCAAGAUUUACCUGAUGUUAAUCAAAACUUAAAUACUCAACCGUUCAUUUCACUUGUCUGUUUAGGCACUGAUAACAACGAUUUAUGCCUCUCAAAUAUUCAAACCGAGCUUCAAAACUUAGGGCCUCAAACCCCAUCGUCAGUUUUGCAUGCUGCAUUGAGGACCACGCUUAAUGAAGCUAGACGAGUCAUUGAAACCAUGUCAAGGUUCACUGGUUUGUCCGCGAGUUAUCGUGAACAAAUGGCCAUUGAAGAUUGCAAGGAACUCCUCGAUUUCUCCGUGUCCGAAUUGGCCUGGUCUUUAGCCGAGAUGAGAAAGAUUCGUGAUGGUUAUAAUAGUGGUGAAUCUGAAGGGAACUUCAAGGCUUGGUUAAGUGCUGCGUUGAGUAACCAAGAUACCUGCCUCGAAGGCUUCGAAGGCACCGACCGACACCUCGAGAGCACCAUCCGAGGCAGCGUGAAACAAGUUACGCAACUCAUCGGCAAUGUUCUAGCUAUGUACACUCAGUUACAUAGCUUGCCUUUCCGAUCGCCUCGCAAUAGCACUUCCACAACGAAUGCAGGCUCGGAAUUUCCGAAAUGGAUAACCAAUGGCGAUCAAGAGCUUCUACGGACUCAUUCAAGUCACAUCCACGCAGAUGCCGUCGUGUCUCUGGAUGGGACCGGACGUUAUCUGACGAUAACCGAUGCCAUCAACGAUGCUCCGAGUUAUAGUAACAGGAGGUACGUCAUUUACGUGAAGAAGGGAGUUUACAAGGAGAACAUUGACAUGAAGAAGAAGAAAACCAAUAUUAUGCUCGUCGGAGAUGGAAUCGGACAAAUGGUUGUGACAGGGAACCGUAAUUUCUUGCAAGGAUGGACGAUGUUUCGAACCGCAACCGUUGCUGUUUCUGGAAAGGGAUUCAUAGCAAGAGACAUCACGUUUCAAAACACGGCCGGACCGGAGAACCACCAGGCCGUCGCUCUCCGGGUGGAUUCCAAUCAAUCGGCUUUCUUUCGAUGCAGCAUAGAAGGCUAUCAGGACACCCUCUACAGCCACUCCCUCCUCCAAUUCUACCGUGAGUGCAACAUUUAUGGCACCAUAGACUUCAUUUUUGGCAAUGUUGCAGCUGUUCUCCAGAACUGCAAGAUAUUCACUCGAGCCCCUUUACCACUUCAGAAGGUGACGAUCACCGCUCAGGGACGGAAAAACCCGAACCAGAACACCGGGUUUUCUAUCCAGAACAGUUAUAUUUUAGCCACUCAACCGACUUAUCUAGGGCGGCCGUGGAAGCCGUAUUCGAGGACGGUUUAUUUGAACACUUUCAUGAGUGGCCUGGUGCAGCCUAGAGGGUGGCUCGAGUGGUACGGGAACUUUGGUUUGAACACACUUUGGUAUGGCGAGUAUAAGAACUACGGCCCUGGUGCUUCGUUGUCCGGACGGUUUAAAUGGCCUGGCUACCACAUUAUCCGAGAUUCUUCCACCGUGGAUUACUUCACCGUUGGGAGGUUCAUUAACGGCCGGUCGUGGUUGCCGGCAACCGGGGUCAAGUUCACCGAAAGUCUGACCAAUUAGAUGAUUUUUUUAUUUAAUGCAUGGUGUUAUAUACUAGGAGUAUUUUUUAGUGGCUGUAUUGAUUGGUUACCCGUAUAUUUACGUGAAGAUCAGAUAUCUGGCAGCUUCGUCAUUCAUGAUCGAUUAUAUUUGAUUUCUAAAGUAGUUAUUUG